CAGCCGCUCCAUCUACUGAGCCUGGAGCCUGCAGAGGAACACAGAUCUGCUCAUGAGCAUUAUGAACAUUGGAAAGUUGACAUUUUAAACCAAGGUUUAAAAAAAUACCUGCAUGCUUUCCAGCAAGAACCAAAAGAGACUUUCACCAGUGCAGGCAUAUUUUACAUUCUCUGCUGUGAUCGGGCUUUAUUAUAACAUGUCCACACGCUGAGGGGAGAUCCCUGCUCUCUCCUCUGCUGUUCCACGGCCAGUAACUAGUGAUUCAUAUCGCCUGUAACAGGCUGCAGGCAACGACUCAGUUUUUCCGACAACUUCAGGCACCGGACGAGCGCUCGCAGCAGCACUCACACGCCGCUUCAUCGCUGGGCUUUCAGCGCAAGCUACUUUGGAGAUGCUCCAGGGGGCAGUGAGCAGGGCCUGGCUCUGCCUGUCCUGCUGCCUGCUGUUGGGGAUCCACGUCCCACCAAAGGGUGCAGGACCAGCAGGAGGCGUUUCUGCAUUUCCCUCUGAACAACAGUCUGUGGAGGUCCUUGAGGAUUGGGAGUGGGGUUCUGGAUCAUCUCUUCUGCACCUGCUCCACAAUUUUCCUGGUGACAGCCCCAUCAUGACCGAAACUCCGGGAAAGGAAGUUAACUGCAGCCAGCGUUUCUGGUUGCCGCCGUCUUCUGCAGUCUGCUGGGAAAACAUAGUCGGGCCUGAGGAGUUUGCCAGGUCUCGUCUGUUUGUGCUCCAGAACAGGGCCGCUCUGCAGGCUGUGUCCACCUCCAGCGGAGUGGAGGAAGGAGGGAUCUCCUUCAACAGCCAAGCCAGAGAGGAAGUCCAGGGCGUCCACUCAGACCACAAGAGUGUGGCAGAAACGAUGCAAACAAUGGAGAAGGUGUUUGUUUCUCUGGAGGAGAAGAGGAGUGAGGGAAAGGAGCAACAAGCCCUCACAGGCUUGAAGGAUCAUCUCACCAACACUAGAGACGCCAUUGACGACAGAGAGCACAUGGCAAACCACCUUGAGAUUCAGCUCUCCACUCUGGAGAGAACUCUGCUGAACGUGCAGGAGAGGCUCAGUACACUUACCCAUCAGUGACAAUGAGCCACUGCAUAUUUUUACAACCGUAACCAGCAUUUAUGUGUUUAUGUAUUGUACAAGCACCUGCAUGUUUAGAGUUAUGCAGGUCUGUGCUAUGAGCACGCAACACAUAUGCACCUUAUUUUGUCACAGCUAACGCAAAGGGCACACAGAUACGUAAAGCUAAUAUUAUCAGGACCUUAAUAUGCUUAAUGAUUUAAUUUGUUGGCAGUGUGCAAUUGUUCCUGUGCAAAUGUACACACUCAACAUUGACAAACACAGCACAAAUCUUUAUUGUAAUAUUAAAUUUUAAUCCACCUGUAAAUGCUCAACAAAGAAGCUUGGUAAGGUGGCUGGUUGUUAUUAUACACUUCAAUAUUCACACGUUAGACAGAUUGAAUUCUGAUUUGGAAAAAUAAAGAAUAUUCUUUUUUUUUGUAGUAAGAAAACAGUUGUUAACUUUCAAGUAUUUCCACUCCAAACUGAAGCAACAUUUUUGUUAAAAACUACAGUACAAUUGAUAACUUAGAAUCAGUAAUAUCAAAUAUAAAUUUCACUUUGAAACCUGCAUAUCUGAAAUAAAGUGUUCACCUAAUAA